UUGUAGCAGCAUAGCAUCGCUCAUUAAAACAGCCUAUCGAGGAUGUAGACGCAGGCAUCGUCCCAGCCUGUUCUCUGAGGAGCACGCCCAAAAAGGCGCUUGUCAUCCUUCUUCAACUUAAAUAGACUAGAGCAUGCGCGUUGCCAGCUCAGGAGGAGCUCGCGGAGCUGUCCCUGUGCUCGGCUCUGGCGCGGGGCCGCUCAGGCGCGCCACCUCGGUGCUCGCUCACGGCGCACUCGCUGGCGCCGAGCCAGCCCGCUCAGGCUUGGGACCGUGCACCCAGCCCUCUCCCAUAAGCAGCCGCGGCUACAGCAACACCCUCAGCCUCCCGUACACCCCCAGCCGCACGCAGCGCCCCUCCCGCUCCACAGCUGCGAUUUCCGCCGCCAUCGGCGGCGGCAGCGGCAGCCGCCGCCGCGCGCUCAUCCGCCGCCGGCCGCAGCCGCGCGGCUCGGCCCGGCGGCGGCGGCGGUACCGCGAUGAGGCGGGCCUGAUUCCGGAUCUGGAUCCGGACUCGCCGCGCUUUCCCGGCCGCCUGACGACCGAGGUGGGCUCCGCCAACGGGCCGCUGCAGGUGGCGGCGCUGCUGGCCGAGUAUGGCACCCGCAUGAGCGGGCCACAGGUGGCACUGGCUCUGGGACGCCUCGCCGCCUUCGCCUCCUUCCAGGCCCUCACCCCCGAGCAGCGGGCAGCACACCGCCGCGCCGCGCGCCGCUGCUGCCUGCUGCUGCUACAGCCCGGCCUUGGCCCCGGCGGCGGCGGCAGUAGCACCGGUGGCCUGCCGGGACCGGCAGGGGGCUCAGGCGGCGCCGGUGGAGGUGUGGGAGGCGGCGGACCGCGGCCGCGGCUGUCCGAGUGUGAGCCGCUGUCGCUGGCUCGCGCCGCCUACGCGCUGGGGCGGCUGGGGCUGUACGACAGACAGCUGCUGGACCUGCUGGUGCAGGAGUCCGGGUCCCGGCUGCAUCUGUUCCCGGCGGACGCGCUGGCGGCGCUGCUGGGCGGCCUGACAGCGCUAGGGCACAUGCCACCGGCGGACUGGUGGGGCAGGUUCAGCCUGGAGGUGUAUGCGCGGUUCGGCCUCUUCAACUGCCAGGAGUUGGCCGUACUGCUGUACGGCUGCGCCCGCCUGUCGUACACCCCCUCGCCCGCCUGGGCCGCCCGCUGCCUGGAGGCGUACCGGGCGGCGGCUGCUGCGCCGUACGCGCCGCCACUGCCGGCGGCUGGCGUCAAAUUCGCAUUCGCGCUUGCGUCGCUGCAGAUCCGGCCCAGCUUCAACUGGCUGGCCGCCUUCCUGGCCCGCGCCCGCCCCCACCUGGACGCCCUGUCAGCCCGCGAGCUGGCCGUGCUGCUGUGGGCGAUGUCGCGACUGCUGCUGCCGCCGCCGCCGCCGCCGCCGCCACCGACGACGACGACACCCGCACCGGCACUCACAGUCGCAGCGCCGCAACAACAGCAGCAGCAGCAACAGCAGGACGCGGCGGACGCCGCCAACAUGCGCGAAUCCUCCAACGCUGCUGGCAGCAGCACCACCAGCAGUAGCACCACCAGCAGCAGUAGCACCACCAGCACCUCCAGCAGUAGCACCGCCAGCUACCUGCCGCUGCUGGACCGGGUGUGGUUGGACGCCUGGUUGCGCUGCACGGCGCGGCGGCUGCCGGGCGCGAGUGCGGCGGCGCUGGUGCUGGCGGCGCAGGCGCUGGCGGUGCUGCAGGUGUACCCGCUGCCCUCCAAGUUCUCAGCGGCCCUGCUGGACCGACUGGCGGAGGUGCUGCCGCAGCAGCAGCAGCAGCAGCAGCAGCAGCAGCAGCAGCAGCAGCAGCAGCAGCAGCAGCAGCAGCAGCAGCAGCAGCAGCAGCAGCAGCAGCAGCAGCAGCAGCAGCAGCAGCAGCAGCAGCAGCAGCAGCCGCAGCAGCAGCCGGCAGAGGGGGCGCCGGGAGGGGGGCUGCAGGCGUCCAGUGCGGGCGGUGCCUUUGACGGGGCGCAGGGGCACCAGCAUGAGGAGGAGGAGGGGGUGGAGGUGGAGGAGCAGUGGGGGCCGGAGGCGGCUGACGCGCGCGAGCGGCUGAGCGGUCCGGAGGUGGUGUCUGUGCUGUUGAGUCUGGUGGCGUUGAGGGUGCGGCCCGGGCCCGACUGGAUGGAGGCGUGCCUGGCAGCGCUGCAGCCGCAGCUGCGCGCCCUGCCGCCGCCCAUGCUCCUGGAGCUGUCCUGGGCGCUGGGCCGCCUGCGCUACCAGCCCGCGCGGCCCUGGCUGGCGGCGCUGCUGGCGGCGCUGGGGGCGGCGCGGGCCGCACUGAGCGCACAGCAGCUGGGGCUGCUGGCGUGGGCGCUGGCGGCGAUGCAGGUCAAGGCCGCGGGCGCGCUCCAGAACCUGAUGUCGCCACACGAGGCCAUGGUGCCCGACGCCACGGCGCAGGCGGCGGCGGCGGCGGCGGCGGCGGCGGCGGCGGCGGCGGCGGCACAGGUGGACUAUGCGGCGGGGCCGGCGGCGGCUCGGGCUGUGGCUACGGCGCCUGCAGCUGCGGCGGCGGUGGCGCCUGGCGCUGACACAACGGGCGCAAGAGCGGCCGCGGCGCCUGCCGGGGGGAGAGGGCCCGCGCGCGCGCGUGAGAGCGGUGGCGGGCAACGCGGCGCAAGUCAGGAUGCGGCGGGGGCGGGGGCGGGGGCGGAUAGCGGGGGUGCGGGUGAUGGCCAGGGCAGGGGUGCGGGCGGCGGCGAGGCGGGGCUUCAGGCCAAGCUUGUGGAGUUGAUGGGGGGUGCCGAGGCGAGCCGUGCCAGUGACACGCGGCCCUCGCCGAGCGGUGUGGCGGGCCGCGCACGCAGGAGGCGGUAGAUGCUGGGGUGCUGGCCGGUUGCAACUUGGGGAGGCACGGGGAGGGGUGGGAAACACUGGGAGAGCCGAGGACGGCGGGGGGGGUCACUGCAGUGGCCCCACGUGCGACAGGACGGCUGCAUACAGCUGGAUUCUGAGCGAGUGUAGCAGAACGCGGGUUUGGGUGAUCAAUGCGGCUAAGCAUGCGGCAAUGAGGCGAAGGUAGGGUGGGUGCAAGCGUUGUAAGUAAGGCCGCGU